AUUCCAGCACUAAUACACCAACUGUGUAUCCAACUACCUAUACAAGUAAUUUAUAUUAUUACAUACAGUUACUAUAAAGCGGUUAUGUUGGAAACUUUGGAAACUGUAGUGCUGGAGGAUCCUAAACCCUUUCACAAUCCGUAUUUAUAAUAUUAAAAAUGAUCACUAUCAAAUGAUUAUAAUAAAAUCUUUUGUAAAAUAGUUUGCAAAUUGAAUUAUGAGUACAAAUAAACCUUCACUUAAUAAAAUACACGAGUUAGGAAUCACUAUAUUUCCAGAAAAAGAUGCAAAUGAUAAAGAUUUUGAACCUUCUGAGGAUUUCUAUGGCUCUGACUUGGAUGAUUUGGAUGACGAUUUUGUAAAUGAUAACUACAGACAAGGAGACAAGUCAACAGAUGCCGUUCUCUGCUGCGCAAUGUGUUUUACUCCUGUUUGUUAUCAGUGUAAAACAGUUGGAAACACAUUUUCAUCAAAAUUGGCUUUGAAUGCAUAUGUUGAGGAUAACUACUCAGAUUCCGCAAAUAGAAGUGAUUCCCGAGAUGUACUUGGGAAAGGUGAUUCUACUAAGCGGAAGUUGAGGGGAAGCACAAGUGAUUCAGAAAGAAUAGUCAAAUGUAUAGAAUGUAACAACGUCAUCGCAGUGUUAGAUUUUUCAAAUAAUUAUAAUUUUAAAAAUGUUAUCGCAAGCAAGCCCUGAGCAUAUUUUCACUACAUUCCGCUAAUAGAAUUCAUUCCUCUUCAUUUUAAUUUUUUAACCAUUAAA